AAGUGUAACAGAAGGAUGACUGGGGUCAAGUGCGUCGUGUUGGUGGUGGUCCUGACCUUUCUGCUGAGUCUUGCAAAAGGAGCUCCAGUUAUUAAAGUCAACAUUCAGCAGGUGGAAAACAGGAUCACCUGCAGCUCAGAGGGGAUCUACCCUGAGCCUCAGCUCACCUGGUCCACCAACCCUCCAUCCAAUGUGACCCGCCAGAACAAAACCACAGUCCAUCAGACUGAACAGCAGCUCUACAAUAUUAACAGUUCUCUGAUACUUUCAGUUACUGAUCUGGUCUACAGCUGCACUGUCAGCACUCGCAUAAACAAGAGGACAGCCAGUUUGUUCAAACAAACUUCUGUCAAUAGUUCAGACACUGAAACAACAAUCCCCUGCACUGCCUCAAACGCUUCACUAACAGACCUCAUCUGGAGGUUCAACUACAGUCAGAUCAUCCUGAACCAGACCAGGGCCAACGUCCCCUACACAGUGUCAGAGGAGUGGAGGCAGCAGGUGAAGAGUGUGUCUGAGUCAGGCAGCCUCACACUGCAGGACGUAUCUUCAGAUCAGGACGGGAUAUACACCUGUGAGCUCAGUGAUGGUGAGGAGACAUAUGUAACCAACACCUUUCUGAGGAUAAAGAAAGGUAAGAUCAAGUCUAGAAAUGGGGAAAUUUGUCAAAGCAAGGACUGA